AGGGUUGCGCUUCCCACACGCAUGUUUGACAAGUAGGGUUGCUUUCAGCCAUAGAGCUACUCUUCGCUUCGAUGGUGCGGUGGAAUAUCGAAUCAGUCUUGUUCGGUACGUCUUUUCUGUCGCAUCUUGUGGCCAAGUAGUGUUCGCGCGGAGAUCUUCGUGGCCCAGACGGUGUUUUUUCCUCCUUCUUCUGGAUUAAUUGUGAUGGAUUGUCAUGUUUUCAGGGGGCUUGAUUAAAUUCGAAGCCAGGGAAAUGUGAACGGUGGAUCAGAAGUGCGUCUCGUCGAGUCUGUGACGUGUAAGGAUCGUUCCGGAAGGUGUAGUGCGUGAAAAGGGAAGAAGCUGGGGAUGUUUGAAGAGCUGGGCUAGGCCCAGAAAGCAUCUCACGGUUUAAAUUGUGUUUAAGUCAUAGGGAUGUGAUCCGGGGAAGGUGAAUUUCAGUUCGACUAGCAGUGAGGCCGCCUAAAAUCUGUAAAAGAAGUGGCAAAUCCCCAGUGCUUGUCCGGGAUAUGAAUGUAAAUAAAUGUAAAUGUCAAAAUAUGACAUGAUGCGUUCCGCAGUGAUUCUUCGGGGCAGAGCGGACGUGUUUUUUGAAGCAUUGUCUGUCGAGGAGCUGUGAUGGCUUACGACUGUGAGCAGCGGAAAUCAGAUGGAUGUUAUUCUAACAGAUUUGAUCGCUGAGCUGAGAUGUUUACCUGCUGUAGCGGAAUCUGGGCUGGCGGAAUGUAAACAAAGCCGAAAAUAAGAUUUACCUCCCAUAGAGGCGACAGCCGCUGCAGUUAGUAGUUGCUUGAAUAGGCAGAGAAAGAGGAAAGGAUUAAAAAUCGAUACUGAUGUGUUGUAUACUAAACAAUAAUACCACGGUCAGUGCGCGGCGUUUUUUCGAGGGAUGAGCUGAAUUAUUCAUGUGUAAAGUAGAAUUGUUUGAAGUUGGUGCAGCUUUUGUAGGCAGAGCGGUAUAGCCGGGAAACAUGUUAUCUAGUGUCAAUACGCAUAAUAAAAAGCGGAUAAUCUUUAUGUGAUAUCUGUACUCGUAGUUGGCAGUGCAGUUGGUUAAUUUUAAAAUAGGAAUUAAUGUUAAUAUUUAAAUAAUCAAGAAGAAUCAGUGAAACAAGUAAAAUAGGAGCGAUAACACCCAAAAACGUGUCUCGCGUUCGUUGGCCUGCAACUACGCAUUGGAAUCUCCGGAUAAUGCCCGAAAUGGUAUCUGACCCAGUGCAACGAUACUUGAAAUUAAAUAUUUCAAUGUACAACAAUUAAUCUCCGGAGCUGCAGCUGUGCCCGUAAAUAUUUGAGUACCUUCACUCUCCCGCCAAGCCUUUCAUCCAAAAUGCAAGCGAAAAAGCGCUACAUUCUGGUGAUAAUCUGCUGCGCUUUCCUCGCGUAUUGCUAUUUUGGAGGCUACCGACUCAAAUGGCUCCAGAAAUUGUUCGCCAUAAGCGUUCGUAAGAACCCAUCCAAGCUCCCACCAUAUCAACAGUUGUACUACCAAUUUCCCGACUAUCCAGAACAACCCGUCCAGAGUUCUCAUUCCAUCCCAGAUGACGAUCUUUACGCUCAUCCUUCCUUUGAAUCGAAAUACAUCGGGGAUUCACUCCCGUCCCCGAUCCGAACCUGUCGGAUGGAAACAUGCUUCGACUUCACCAAAUGCACCGACCAGAACUUCUUGGUCUACGUCUAUCCACCAGAGCCACUCAAUUCUCUGGGAGCACCUCCUCCAAUCAGUCCCAACUAUCAGAAAAUCAUCUCUGCCAUCCAAGAGAGCCGGUACUACACUGCCGAUCCGGAUAAGGCAUGCCUAUUUGUCCUGGGCAUCGAUACGUUGGAUAGGGACUCACUGAGUGAAGACUACGUACGGAAUGUGCCAUCACGGUUGCAACGAUUGCCCUACUGGAACAAUGGGCGUAACCAUAUCAUAUUCAAUCUCUACUCGGGAACGUGGCCGGACUACAACGAGAACGGGCUCGGGUUCGAUCCGGGACAGGCAAUCCUGGCCAAGGCCAGUAUGAGUGUACAGUCGCUGCGGCCUAACUUCGACGUGAGCAUACCGCUGUUCCACAAGCAGUUCCCGUUGCGCGGUGGAAACACCGGAUUCGUAGCUAGCAACAACUUUCCGGCCAACAAGAAGUAUUUGCUGGCGUUCAAGGGAAAAAGAUAUGUCCACGGAAUUGGUUCCGAAACGAGGAACUCGUUGUUUCAUCUGCAUAACGCCCGGGACCUGGUGCUGGUGACGACCUGUCGGCAUGGGAAAAGCUGGCGGGACCUGCAGGAUGCCCGUUGCGACGAGGAUAACCGGGAGUAUGACAGAUACGACUACGAGACAUUAUUACAAAAUUCAACAUUCUGCCUUGUGCCGAGAGGACGUCGUCUAGGAUCGUUUAGGUUCCUCGAAGCACUGCAGGCAGGCUGUAUACCGGUGCUACUGUCCAACUCGUGGGUGUUGCCGUUCCAGUCGAAAAUAGACUGGCAACAGGCGGCGAUUUGGGCCGAUGAAAGACUGUUAUUGCAGGUGCCGGACAUUGUACGUUCGAUCUCCGCCAGCCGCAUCCUAGCUUUACGUCAACAAACUCAAGUGCUUUGGGAGCGUUAUUUUAGUUCCAUUGAGAAAAUAGUUUUUACUACGUUCGAGAUUAUAAGAGAGAGACUGCCAGACUACCCCCAUCGGAACGGACUGAUUUGGAACCAGUCGCCCGGGGCCCUGCUCACCGUUCCGACCUUCUCCGACACGGCCCAUCGGUUCCCGUUCCUGCUCGAGGGCGUCGGUCUGCGACCCGGGCCCAACUAUACCGCCGUCAUCUUCGUGCAGAUUGGCGCCCAACAGCUGACGCCCGGCAGUGCCCUGUACAAGCUAGUCAAAUCCAUCACCAAAAGCCAAUUUGUAGAUAAGAUAAUGAUACUGUGGGCCUGCGAUCGGCCGGCCCCGGCCCGGAAGCGGUGGCCUUCGACGGGGCACAUUCCACUGCACGUGAUAAGCGGUGGCCCCAACGAGGAACGCCCCAGCAUAUCCCAAAGAUUCUUUCCCCACGAGCACAUCGAAACGGACGCCGUGCUCUCGCUGGACGAGGAUGCCAUCCUGAACACGGACGAGCUCGACUUUGCCUACCAGGUGUGGCAGGACUUUCCGGAUCGCAUCGUGGGCUAUCCGGCGAGGGCGCACUUCUGGGAUGACACCAAGAACGCCUGGGGCUACACGUCCAAGUGGACCAACUACUACUCAAUCGUGCUGACGGGAGCCGCAUUCUAUCAUCGGUACUACAACUAUCUCUACACCAACUGGUUGUCUUAUCUGUUGCUGAAAACGGUGCAGCAGUCCUCCAACUGCGAGGACAUCCUGAUGAAUCUACUGGUGUCGCAUGUCACCCGGAAGCCACCAAUUAAAGUAACGCAGCGGAAGGGGUACAAGGAUCGGGAAAGUGGGAGAUCUCCCUGGAACGAUCCGGAUCACUUUAUACAACGACAAAGUUGUCUCAACACGUUUGCGGCAGUGUUUGGCUACAUGCCCCUGCUGCGAUCGAACCUCCGUCUGGAUCCGGUCCUCUACCGGGACUCGGUGUCAAACCUGAGGAAAAAGUACCGCCAAAUCGAACUGGUCGGCAGCUAGCGGUUCCUGUACGUCUACUAAGUCACCGCGAGAGUGCGCUCUUUGAGCGCCGUAUCUGAACGAGUCUAGUUUUGUAUGUUAGAUAAAGAAGUUUGACGUGAUGACACGUGGAUCUGUUAUGUACCCACCAUAGAUCCGCGGACCGCAGAAGCUAGUUAAGGUGAAAGUGAGUUUUUCUAAGUAGUCCUUAUUUUUUACCGGUGAAAUAGUCAAUGCAAAUGUUAGUAACGAGGCAGUUUUUAACGUAAGUGAACAAAACAAAAUCAACAAACACACUAGUGACGGAGAAGCAAUUUCGCGGAUUUGCAAACAAUCGAACUGAAAAUACAUACACAUUACACGCUAAAGCAGACUAAAUCAAUUCAGUGUGAGCGAACAAAAGAAAAAUGGUUGUUAUCGAUAGGCGUUAUGGCAAUUUGUACAUAGGCAAUGUUAGGAGGAAAUUGUGAACAAACCCUAACAGACAUUGAUACACUAUUAGUAGAGGAAAAACAAGUAAGGACAAAUACAUAUUGAACGGAAAGCGUUUUUAUUCUAGUGCGAUAAGUAGGACAAAUUGUAGCGGGAGGACGAAGCAAAUCAGUCUUGUAAAGAGCAGCUGCCAGAGGAGAUAAAGUUACUCAAUUGUUUAAGUUUUUAAGCGAUAAAACAAAUAUUGAAAGAGAUGUUUUU